AUGAUAAAACUUAGUAGUCUUGAAUUGGGAGAAAGUUCUAAAUUUGGUAAUUCCAAAUUAGAAGAAAAUUCCAAUUUCGAUAGUUCAGAAUUUGGUGUUUUCGAAUUAGAAGAUUCUGAAAUAAAAAGCUCUGAAUUAGAAGAUAUUAAUCUGAAAAAUUUAAAUUUUAGUAUUUCUGAAAGUAGCUCUGAAAUAAUGAUCAUAUCUGAUUAUAGAAAUGAUUUUAUUGACAUCAAUAAUACUAAUAUUCAAGAAAUAAUUGAAAUUAGUGAUUCUGAAGAU